CGAGGCGUUUUCCAGAAAAGAAACAGCAUUCUCUAUCAUAGAAGAUACAAUUUCAGCCUGUAAGCUCGAAUUCUACCGAUCAUCUCAUCGACCCAAAAUGGACCCCAUCAUCGAUCAAAUUCAAGCUUUGGCCCACACGUCUGACGAGGUUGGUCGUCUGGAAAUUCAAAGGGCUUUACGUGAGGUUCAAAUGGAGAUGCAAACCUCCAAGGACCUCAUUUACAAUCUAGCGAACUCGCAACUCCUCCUUGCAUGUAUUCGCCUUGGGGCUGACUUGAAGCUGUUUCGCAUCAUCGCUAGCCAAAAUGGAUCUGUGGCUGUCUCCCAGCUAGCCAAAACUACAAAAGCAUCUCCCUUACUACUGGAGAGACUGCUCCGGUAUCUGGCCUCGAACAGCAUGAUCAAAGAAAUUGGUCUUAAUGAAUACCAGGCAAACAAAAACACUCACAUCCUUGCUGAGGAAAAGGGAGAAGCCAUGGUGUAUCACGGAUUUGAUUUCCACGCGCCGAUCGUCAGUGCAAUGCCUGACUUUUUCAAAGAGAACGACUAUCAAGACAUUGAGAGUAAUACAAAUACGCCUUUCCAAAAGGCUUACAAUACUACACUCAGUCCCUUCGAAUGGUUUGUCCAGCACCCAAAGCAUUUCGAGUCUUUGCAGAAGGUCAUGACUGCCCUUGAGGGUGCGGAGUGGACGGUCGGAUUCGACCUCUUAGAUUUGGCGGCCAAACAUGUCCCUUUCACCUCCCCUCAGGCUUCCGAAAAGCCCUUCUUUGUGGAUGUAGGAGGUGGCCAUGGACAUCAGUGCAUUCAGCUUGGCAAGAAAUACCCAAACCUUUUAGGACGUCUUGUCCUUCAGGAUCUUCCAGCAGCUGUCGACAAGCUGCCUCUAAUUGAGGGUGUGAGAGCUGAAGCAUAUAACUUCUUCCAGAAGCAGCCUGUGACCGGUGCGAAGUUUUAUUAUCUCCGACGUAUUAUACAUGAUUGGCCCGACAAAGAGUGCACAGAUAUCCUCCAAAACACUGCCGAUGCCAUGAAUGCGGACUCGCGCAUCCUGAUCGACGAUGUUGUCUUGCCGGAUACUGGUGCACUUUGGCAGGCAACCAUGGCCGAUAUUUCUAUGAUGAUCGGACUCGGGGGAAAGGAGCGGACAGUCCAGCAGUGGCAUGCACUGGCAGGCUCUGCAGGCUUGCGGGUUGAACAAAUCCAUACCUACGCUGCUUCUACCUACACGUCUAUCGUUGUCUUGGCCCCGAAAUGAGCGGUUUGACGAAUGACAGAAUGUAUAGUAGCUAGGCUAGAUAGACACCAAAUCCCAACUUCUCAAUAUCUCUCACAGAAAAAAAUUGCUUAUCUAGCAUCAACACUAGUGACCAUGACCCAUUUUUGCACGACACAUCUUGGAUAGUCGAGUAACAACCUUGAGCUGAGUUUCCCAAUUCCACAUGUGGAAGAAGACCUCGGAAAGACGAUGGUGAUCUUGCAGUGUAGCUUCUAGAAGACUUCACCAUUACUGAAUAAGGUUUCAUCGACAUUGAGGUCACCGACGGUGAAG